GUCGACGAUUGUUUUUCUGGACGAACGGGUUCGGCGUGCUUCCAUUUUUACUAAACUUUCGAUACGUGUUUAACAAUUCGAAGCGAGUGUUAUUUUUUAUUUGGUGAAGACGCGGGGGUUUACCCCAAAUCCAGCAUCACGAUUUUCGGGGACACACAUAAGAUUGCGGGUAGCGGUGGCAGAGGUAUGUUCUGCUAUCAUUGCCCGCCAACUUUACAUCCCGGAGCGCCCCAACCGAGGCUACCAACUUUGGAAUACCCAUUCACACCAACACAUCCAUACACUAGCUAUUCUUACCAUCCGGCAAUUCAUGACGAUACUUUCGUCAGAAGGAAACAAAGAAGAAAUCGGACCACUUUUACGUUGCAACAAUUAGAAGAAUUGGAAACGGCUUUCGCACAAACUCAUUAUCCAGAUGUUUUUACAAGGGAAGAUUUAGCUAUGAAAAUUAAUUUAACCGAGGCUAGAGUCCAGGUGUGGUUCCAAAACAGGAGGGCGAAAUGGAGAAAAGCGGAACGACUUAAGGAAGAACAAAGGAAAAGGGAAGGACAAGACGCGAUAAAACGAGACGACGAAACCAAAGAAGAAAAGGUCGAAGACGGUUUACCGAGCAGUUCUCCGGAAACUAACGCGGACGAAGAAGUGGCAAGAGAACGCGAAUGUUCCAGUCCAAGUAGUACCGGCAGAGAAACUCCGGAACAAACUAGGAGCGUCAUCGAAGCCGAUCCUUCUAAUCCUUCGUCGCCUCAUAGUCCGGCUCCUUCGGGAUCUUCGGAACCACCGAAGACGAUUCAUCCGCCGCCGUUUUCCCAUAUGUUUCCGUUUGGAGAUAAUCAUUCCGGUGGCUUCAGACCAGUUUUAGACGGUUCGGGCGCGCGGAAUACGCCGCCGUUAUUUUUUUCGCCGCAUCUGGCGUCGCAUCUUUCUUCGCAGUUUUCCCCACCUCUAUUCCCAACACUUAAAGGUUUUCCGGGAUUGUGUUCUUGCUGCCCGAUCAAACCGAUGUCUGGUUUAUCAUCAAAUCUUCUGGCGACUAGCGAAGCUUCGGAUCUUUCGCCGGGCGGCGGCGGAGAUCAACGUUCGUCCAGCGUCGCCGAAUUGAGAAGGAAAGCUCAAGAACAUUCGGCGGCGUUAUUACAAAGUCUACAACACGUAGCCAAUUUCCAACAAGUCGCCGGUUUCGCCGGAGCCGGAUUGAAUUUUCCAAUUCUACCGCCGUUAACUUUGCAAGCGUUACAGAGGAAACACGAAUCCGCCGAGGCGAAUAACGCCGAGCAACGUAACUCCAAUAAAGAACAUUCGGUAUAAAAUUAGUCGGUUGAUAUUGUUGGUUGAAGAAAAGUUGGUAAAAAGGUGGAAGUUUUGAUAUAAAUUAACAUAUUAUCCAAUUUGGUUCGUGGUCUUUCUUUUUUCCUUUUUCUUGGCAUUCUACUUGAAAUUUUCCAAACUUUUACUGUGUUAUCCGUCGUUUCUAAGUGGUCUCACCAUCCUUGGUACCUUCCAGCUUCUAAAUCUUCUCUUAUAUACCAGUUUUUGAGUCUAUGGUGUCUAAUUGCUGCUUACAAUCUUCAUUCCUACGGCUCCAAUUUGAGUCUUGGUUCUUUUUGUUAAUACUCGAGAUUGGCAGCCAUAUUUGACAGGAUAUUUGAGGAUCAAGCGGUUUCUUGGACCAAGCGAUGUCUUUUUACCUCGAUCCAAAGUUUUUCCUCGACCUUCCCUUCCAAUUCGAGAUGUUUCCUAGCUUCUUAUCCCAUUUGGUUCGUGGUCUUUCUUUUUUCCUUUUUCCUCACAUCCUACUUGAAAUUUUCCAAACUUUUACUGUGUUAUCCGUCGUUUCUAAGUGGUCUCACCAUCCUUGGUACCUUCCAGCUUCUAAAUCUUCUCUUAAAUACCAGUUUUAGAGUCUAUGGUGUCUAAUUGCUGCUUACAAUCUUCAUUCCUAUGGCUCCAAUUUGAGUCUUGGUUCUUUUUGUUAAUACUCGAGAUUGGCAGCCAUAUUUGACAGGAUAUUUGAGGAUCAAGCGGUUUCUUGGACCAAGCGAUGUCUUUUUACCUCGAUCCAAAGUUUUUCCUCGACCUUCCCUUCCAAUUCGAGAUGUUUCCUAGCUUCUUAUCCCAUUUGGUUCGUGGUCUUUCUUUUUUCCUUUUUCCUCACAUCCUACUUGAAAUUUUCCAAACUUUUACUGUGUUAUCCGUCGUUUCUAAGUGGUCUCACCAUCCUUGGUACCUUCCAGCUUCUAAAUCUUCUCUUAAAUACCAGUUUUAGAGUCUAUGGUGUCUAAUUGCUGCUUACAAUCUUCAUUCCUAUGGCUCCAAUUUGAGUCUUGGUUCUUUUUGUUAAUACUCGAGAUUGGCAGCCAUAUUUGACAGGAUAUUUGAGGAUCAAGCGGUUUCUUGGACCAAGCGAUGUCUU